AGUGGGGUUGGUGUCAAGCCUCCUAAUUACUUAUUCUUGCCAGGCUUGUGACUCUCCGUUUUCUUGGGCAACAAGACUGCCUGGAUAUUGGGCAAGACGCCGCCCUGGGCAAUUGUGACACCCCCGAGUAACUUGUUGAGCUCUUCAUCAUUUCUCACGGCUAGUUGCAAAUGGCGAGGGAUGAUGCGCGUCUUCUUAUUGUCUCGGGCCGCGUUGCCGGCCAGCUCCAGGAUUUCCGCUGUCAGGUACUCCAGCACAGCCGCCAGGUACACCGGCGCGCCAGCCCCCACUCGCUCGGCGUAGUUGCCUUUGCGCAGCAGGCGGUGCACUCGCCCCACGGGGAACUGAAGGCCAGCGCGGGACGAGCGCGACUUGGCCUUGGCCCGAGCUUUGCCUCCCUGCUUUCCGCGUCCUGACAUUACGGCUAAAAAUGCAGUUACAGCUUCUUUUUCAAAGAGAAGAAUGUGGCAAGGAUAACCAAUUUGAUGUAAUUUAUAAGAGCUACCGGGAGGGGUGAAGCGAAGUGGUUUGAUUGGCUAAAAGCUGAGUCCGAUCGAACAGCCAAUAGGAAAGCGGAAAGCAGACUCUUCGUUUGCAUCUUGUACUACGAGGAAAUGACGGCCUUGAAGCUCAGACGCAUAUACGUGACUGCUGACUGGAUACUUCAACCUGUUUGUCCCAGUAACUCGACCUAUCCAAAAGCAAACUCAUCCAAACACCGCGCCCACCCGCCCUUUGCUCUCUUUACCUGAAUGGCACCAACAAUCUUCCAGGUUCAGAGCCUCCCACGACCUCACGAGUCGGGGGAAGUAGAGACUACAGUUCCCGAGAACCCUCAGGACACCACGUGGUGGCGGCCCGGUCUAUCGCGUAGCGAGGACUCCAUUUCCCAGCGUGCCUCAGGACGCGAAGUCUACGUUUCGCCCGGAACUUCAGGAGUCCGGCCCUGAAUGGAAGCUGCGGUAGCGAAGACUGAGUGCAAGCUGAUGCUGAGUGGGCAGCUGGUCGGAAGCCUGUUCUCCAUGGCUGGCCGCGUCUGUGUGUCCCGGGGCAGCGCCAGAUCAGGGGCCAUCGGUCCCGUCGAGGCCGCCAUUCGCACAAAGUUGGAGCAGGCGCUGAACCCCGAGGUCCUGGAGCUGCGUAAUGAGAGCGGCGGCCACGCGGUCCCACCAGGCAGUGAAACCCAUUUCCGCGUGGCCGUGGUGAGCUCUCGUUUCGAGGGACUGAGCCCCCUGCAACGGCAUCGGCUGGUCCACGCGGCGCUGUCAGAAGAACUGGCUGGGCCGGUCCACGCCCUGGCCAUACAAGCGCGGACCCCCGCCCAGUGGAGGGAGAACCCUCAACUGGACACGAGCCCCCCCUGCCUGGGCGGGAGCAAGAAAACUCGAGGAACUCCCUGAACCCUGAGAGAGAGGGAGGACCGGGAUCGAAACGGGUUGGGUGAGAAUAAACUACUGGGACCUUCUUCCCUUCAAUACAGUCUGGUAUUUGUAAGAGUUGAGGACCUGGGCCCCAUUCAACCGGCAUAUACAGGUUCUCUGGAGACAGCAAUUCAUUUCACAUCAAGGUCAACCUAAGGAAAGCAGACAAUCACUCACUACUGCUCUUGCCCUGGACUAUUAAGGAAAAGCUGCCCAGUUGUUUCGUGUUAAAUUGUGACUUAAGGAACCACCAGACCUUAUGAGUUGCAAGUAAUCCUGUACAUUAAAAGAGAAAUUAUCA